UCGUGGUGAGAGCAGUGCGCUACCGGUCCCACGGUAACGGGAGCUGAAGGGGAGGCGGUGGUGGUGAGGCGCGCGUCGUCUGCUGAGUGUUGACAGUCAGAGGAGCCAAAGAGGCAAGAUGGCGGGGCGGUGGGACUGCUUUCAAGGCCUCCCUCACGGCUGGGAAGUAAGGUUCGACGGCAGAGUUGGCAGAUAUUACUUCAUUGACCACUUGAACAAGAAGACAUCAUGGGAGGACCCACGGCUGAAGAGUGCUCCACCUCCCCCUCCUCACCCGGAGAGUGGGCACAGCGAGAUCAAGAGUCGCCAGGAGAGUCAGAGUGUCUCCCACCACCCGCCUCCCUGGAUGAGUCCCUUCCUGGGUGGGCGGUUCUCCUCUGUCUACCCUUCAUUUGGAGGUUAUAACUUGGCUUACAUGCCUCCAUAUGCACUGUAUGGUCCUGUUUAUCCACCGCAGAAUGUGUCACAUGCCACUGAGCCACCCCCUUUGAAAAAAAGUGUUGGAGGCCAUCCAUCCCCAGAUGUUAACAAAGGACGUGGCUCACUCACCUCACAGCAGGAAUCAGGACUCUUGGAGGCAGUUGAACACUCCCAACUAGCCAUUGCCAAGAUCUCUGCCAUGUUUCCCACUGUACCAGAAAGUCACAUUAAGGAUCUUAUGAGGAAGUACCACAAUAGGGAAGCUGUGGUCAUCAGUGCUCUUCAAGUCCAGAAACAUCCUCUUGCCACUCCCGGACCUUAUGGCACCUUCACUCCACCUCCUAUGAGGCACUUUAUUCCCACUGCUACAGCCAUUAUGGCUUUACAAAGCACUAAGGCAUCCACUGUUGUGUCCUCCACUGGAGCAACACCUGCUGCUGCCACUACCACCACCACCACUACUACUGCUCAGGAGAAAGAAGGAUCACAUAAAGUAGCCACUACCACAGGUAAUGGCACAGCUGUAGGUGCCUCUGUCUCAACAGCACCUGUGGUUACAUCUUCAAAAGUAGAUCAUUCUCUCCAUCAUCCAGUGCAUGAGCGCACAAAAGGGACACAGAUCCUUGAAGAAAAGAACAAAUCAGGCCGACAAGGGUCUGUAGAGAGGUGUAUGGGAUCACCUUUCCAUGGCCGUGGAUCUGUUGAUAAGUCUACAGGGUCCCCAAGGUUGGGACAGGGUUCAACAGGCUCUCCAUUCUUUGGUCGCGACUCUCCACUCUUGUCCUCUCGGGCUUCUUCCCCCCACACCUUCAUGGACGGUUCUCCACGGCCCACCACACGCUCUACUUCAGAAUUCACUCGCUCCCUCAUGGAUUCACCUCGAAUGGACUACCGUCAUUCUCCCAGGUCUACUCCACACUCUCCCAAGAUCAAACUCAGGUACUUGAAAGGAAUAUUUCCUAAGGUGGAGCCAACCAUUAUUCUUGAUGUUUUGACCCAGUGCAACUACAAUGUUAAGGAUACCUGUGAGAAACUGGUGCUCUUGGGAUAUGACAAAAAGGAUACUGUGCUUGCUCCACCAAAGCUUAAGGACCGUCCUGAUGGCAAGGAAAACAAGGCUGUCUCAAAGCCAUCCCCAGGACCUGCACGGCCUAAGAAUCUUAGUGAAAAACACAAGAAGAAAGUUCGCAAUGAGUUAACCUCAGGUUACCCUGACUUGACUCCCACGGUGGUGACCAUGGCCCUGCAGUCAGUGUACUAUGAUGAAAAUCGUGCCCGUCAAGUGCUGGACAACAUGGUGGAGUCAGACAAAAAGACACAAGAGGCACUUGCCAGCUGUGCAUCUCAAAUGCCCAGCAGAUCCACAGAGUCCAAGACUGUGACUCUCAAUCUGAUGGGCUCACCUCCACUUGCCCGAAGAGAUGGAGUGAAGCCCACACGCCCCACCUUGCCCAGAACAAGGAUCAACACUGCCUGGACAGCUGCUCAAACUGUUUCUCGAGGAACUAACACAGAGGAAGACCUUGGAUUCCGCAGUGACCAGCGCAUGCGUCCCCAGGGUCCAAAUACAAAGUUACACAAGGGGCCCUCAGAGUGUCUUCUUCUAUCAGAUUACCAGGCUUGGCAUGGCCCCAAUCCAGACAAUGCCUCAGGCAGCAGCAAGAGUUUGGCUCAGGGGCCAAGAAGCACUCACCUUCGAGGUCCAUCUGGCAUUGCUCGAGGGCAUGACCCUGCCAUGAGGAAGGGACCUCAAGGGCUGGCCAAAGGAUCGCAGUUCACACAAGGUAUAAAGAAAGAAGUUUGCCUUUCAACUAAAGUGCUUUAAUUGAUUUUUCUCACUUUUUUAAAUUUUUUGUGACCAAAUGUGAAAAUGUUUUAAUCUUUGGAAAUUUAAUUUGUUUUACUUUGUAGGUAAAUAUAUUUUAUGUAGAUGUUAUUUGAGCGUAAAUGAAAUCUUUGUUUUUUGUUACUUAUUAUUUGAAGGAACAUUUUUAAUUUGUAUUUUGAAAGUUUCUUCAUUGUCUAUGUUCUGUUUUGCUUAUUUUCUAAUACUGGAUUUUAUCCAGGUAAACUGUUUUAUUGUUCAUAGUUUAUUUACAUGAUAAUUAGUUUAGCAUUACAAGUGCUCCACAAUACAAGUAUGUUGUUCACAUGUAGCUUUAAUUUUUAUACAGUAUAUUCACCUCAAAAGAUUCUUCAGCCUGCAGUGGGGGUCAGUCAUGAUACAUCUAACAACAUGGCUUUAAAAAUGUAGACACAAGUACAAAUCAUGCAAAAUUGUGAUCAUGAGACUGAGGUCCAUGGUACAUUGUUGUAGCUUCAGCUCUGCCCAUCACCUGCUCACUAUUCAUUGUGGAGAAUUUUUAGGCAGAUAGUAAUCCUCUCUUUUAUUAUGUGAUAUUAGUGGCAACAUUUAUGCCACAGCUACCAGUUAUACAAGAUAUUUUUUGAAAAAUCAUUUAUAUACAGUAAACCCUUGCCAACUCAAGCUGACUGGGCUGUCCUCUGUCAUGAACUGACUUGGACCUGAUUUUUGUCUGAUUUAUGGAUAAUGAAUGACUGAAUUUAGUCUGUUAGCAGUGAAAGUCAAUGAUCUUCCUGUCUGUGUGUGCUUUCAAUGAUGGAUGGCCAGUAGUUCUGCUUACUUCUGUGUGCUGCAUUUCUCCUCUUUAGCACUCAAUGGUAAACCAGUGAGAUCAUAAAGUAAUGAUAUAUGCAUUUUUUUUUUUUUUUUUUAGGCUUCAUCUGGUUCAAACUACAACAGACACACAGAGCUUUGUUGGAAUUAAUAUAUGAGCCAGCAGGCAAAAGACAUGAAUUUCAAACUGUGGGCUGUUCACUGCCACAUGUUCCACUAAAGAUUAAUAUCCAUCACAAAUUUGAUUUUUACACACUUUGUAAUCUUCAGUACACCAUUAAUGUCAAUAAAAGGCCCACUUUUAGCAGUAUGUAAUAAAUCUACAAAAUGUGUUUGAUGGUAGUGAGGCAGGUGUAGGAAUCUUUAUACACAGUACAAAAAGCUUUCAGAGUCCUUAGGGAUAUUUGGAUGUCCAGUCAGGUAAUUGCUUGCCCUUCUUUUCUGGACACCCCAGGAUAAGCAAAAGCUGAGAAUUAUAGAGUUCCAGACUGUAAGGGUGCUGGUUAGUGAGGGUUUACUGCAUAUAUUAUACAUGAGUAGUUUCUAAGGGGUGUUGUAUACCUGUCUCAUACUAACUGGUUAGAGUAUGAAAUACUGGUAACAAGCAGUUAAAUUCUGUAUGUAGAAGGAUUUUGAUGUGCCAAAACUGAAAUAUAAGCAUAUCAUGAAAAUGAUAAUCUUGAAAUUAGUGAAGAUUCAAUAUACAAAUAAUAGCAAUACUAAUAAUUUUUGAGUUUGAUACUAUAACUAUUAGCAGUACUUGGUUAUGUUUAUAUUCAGUAAGAUUAGUUUUUGAUUAAAUUGAUGUUUGUAAAUACCUUAUGCAUUAGCUUGUUUAGUUCAUGAUAUUGUUGAUUUAAGUGUUUGAAUAAUUAUUGAAGGUCAACUGUACCUGCCUUUAGUAUUAUAAAGUACUGCAUGUUUAACACUGGACCACUCUCCGUCUCUUGUUUGUCAGGUUGCUAGCAGUAAUCAUAGAGGUACCAUUUGCUUUCUUCUGACGACAGUAUUAGCCAAGUUGAUGUAUCUCUGUUGACUGACUUCAAGUUUUUGUGAGUGCCAGGUCUGCAAACAGCUCACACCUGACACCCUUUAUGAUCUGCCUCAGGAAAACUUGACUAAAUUAUUAGGAAACACUUACCGCUGGUCAUAUUCAGUCUUACUCAGCUUUAGUGACGUUUUCCAGUAUUCAAAUGGUAUUACCCAGUGUUAUCAAUAUUGUUUAGGUAUUGAUGUGUGCUUUGAAGGAAUCUCAUCUAUACAUGAUGUGUUAUUGAGGGCAUAUACCCUUCUGAUUUGUGGAUGAACCAGGCACAUUGAGGUUUUAUUGAUUUGCUUUUAUCUGCCUUUUUGUACACCUGAUGCAUAUGUGUCCAGAAGUUGCUGGGUUUUAGAAGGGUUUGAUAUGCAUCUGUGCUGAUUUGAGAAAAAGGAGGUGUUUUACUUUAAGGCUGAAGCUUAACAGAAUUUUUGUGUUUCCAUGAAUUGAGUUGUAUGGAAGUGACUUGAGAAGAAAAUAUAAAAAUAUAUAGCGCUAUGGGAGAACUUGAAAUAUAAAGGCUCUUGCUUCUUAUAGACAUUGUAGGUUGUAAAAUUUUGAGGGAAGGUAAAGUCAUCCUUUUGUUUUCUAGUGGCCUUCUACAAGAAAAUAAAGGCAUUGGCCUUCCAUCAUUGCUGUCUCAGUGAAAAAUCUCAAGUUAAUUUUGCUGUUGUAUAAUCGGUUUUGAUAAAUUUUACCAUUGUGGCAAGUAUAUAUCUAUCUUGAAUUUAAGUUGAAAUUAGCAUAAUGACCUACGAGUAUAUUGAUUGUGGCAGCAAUGAUAUGCAGUUACUUGCACAGCAGCCAGAUUUACCAUCAUGCAAAGAACAUAAUCUGUGUGAAUACAGACAGAUAAAAGUAUGGUUAGGAUGAGAAAAGGAGGCUCCAUACAAAUCUCAAGUAAACUAUAGUAAAACCUUCCCAAAUAUAGCUGAUAGCUUGUCUUCAAAUGUUUUUUUUUUUUUUAUAUAUUUUCCUAAGAGUUGAGACUAUAUUUUUAUCAUCUAGUGUAUGGUAUCCUGUAAAAAUAUGACUCAAUUUAGAUUUAGGAGUUUCUAUACAAGAAAUAUAUUGUUUGCAUGUUUGUUGCCUUUUCAUUAUUUAGGAUCUUUUGUUAUUAAGGGCUUACAGCUGUAACUGCUAGAGUAGCCUGUUACAUAAGACACAAAUCCUUUAUCUGCUUAUCUGCACCCCCUAAAAAUCAAAAUAUUAUGAUCUUUUAAAAUGUAUCCCUCCACAUUGCACUUCAUCCCAAUAGAGCUCAGCCACCAUUGUCUGUGAGAGAUCUGCACUACAAGAAAUUAAUGUUCUUUGACUAAGGUUUUAUGAGAUAGCUGUACUGAACCAUUAACCUGAUCUUAGGAAUACUGACAGAAGGACGUAUCCAUGACAUGGUUAGGUUAUUUAUUUUAUGAGAGGUAGCUUAUAACCAUGGGACAAAUUUAAAAGAUAUUAUGAUUCCUCACCACUUUAAUGCCUUUUAAUUCACCUUUUAAUGCCAGAACAUUACAUAAAAACAGCUAUUAUUAUUAUUGUUGUUGUGGUAUGAUGUUUAAUUUUACAGCUUUUGGAGCAUAUUUUUCAAGUGGUUUGAUAUUCUAAUUCCUGUUGGCCUCAGCAGUUGUGUUCACUAGUCUCAGUUCCCAUUGGUGUCAGCAGUUCAUGUUCAUGGUCUUAGGAAAGUUAUUCAGUUUCCCUAUUUAUGAUAUUCUAGUUCUUAUUAGUCUCAGUGUUCAAUUGUCUUGGUUCCCUUCAGUAUCAGCAGUUUGUGGUCCCCUGUCUUUAGAAUCACAGUAAAUUCUCCAGUUUGGUACCCUGAUAUUUCAUAGUAUUAGGUUGAUUAGGAUUUGAGUGACCGGCUUCACUCUUGGUAAUUGAAUAUAAAUUUUCAGUUAUUUAUAUUCUAUAUAUAUCAGUAUUUCAUUUUCACUUAAUAUGGAAUAUUUGCCAAAUACCAACUGAUAGUUUAUUGGUUAAGUGGACAGUUAUAAUGCAUCCCCUGUCUUCUUUCAUUAAACUUACCCAACUAAAUUUGUCAUUAUAGUGAUAUAUAAAAUUUAACUCUUUUAUAAUUAUUUGAUACAUGUACCUGUUUUUAAUGUAAAUGUGAAAAGCCAUUGUUUAAAAUUGUACAAUUUUUCAAUUCACAUUAAACUAAUCAAUCCCAAUUUUUGAAUUUUUUAUUCUGAAUCUGUUCAUAAAAUAUUUAGUGAUCUUGCACUUUUUGUGACAUUAUCAGUCAUGGCCCUGAUUAAUGAUCUUUCAAAAAUUCAGUAAAGCGACCCUGUAUAAAAUUUUAAGAAGUUGGUCAGAUUGAAUCAUUAUUUUCGAUAAGACUGUCCACAAAUACUCGUAAGUGAUCAUUGUGCAGCACAUAAUAAUUUACAAUCUAUCAUGUACUACAGGUUAAGUAUUGUGGUUCAUUGCAGUACAUCUGCUAUCAUUUCAGUACACAGUAUCUGGAUAGUAGAUAAAUAUUACAAAUAUUCUCACUAUAAAAAGGUACAAACAAAAAAACUAUUUUUAAAGUAACACAAGGCUAGCUUGCCAGUAAUCUUCUUAGGCUGUGUUUGUGUUACUUGAAAACUAUACAUUUUCUGUGAAUGAGCAGUGCAGUCCUUGUUAUUUUGCUGUAGAAUGGUUAUACAAUUAUUAUGUUAGGUAAGCUAGGCACUGGUAUUUUUAAAUAAAAAUCAGCAGCUUACAUGAGAUACUGUAAUGAUAUUUAUUCCUUUUGCUUACAGAUAUUGAAAUUUCACUUUGAAAUUUUUACUUACUAAUUUUUUGUACAUGCAUCCCAUUUUGGGGUGUGGUGUAAAUCAGUGAUGGUCUCUCAAAGGAAUUAUACACACAUUCAUACUAACAUGAGAGAGUAGGAUUCCUAGCCAUCUGCUUCUGCUGUGAAGCAAGGGCACAACUCUUCAGCUUAAUAUACUUAUUCACCACUGCUAGAUAAACAAGAACCACAUUCUGAGAGAAAGUAAAAUUGAAGGUAUACACUAUUGCUGUGUGUGGCCUCAGUGCUCAUCUGUCUCACUGACCUUUGAGCCUGUGGUGGGUAUAUUGCUUCAGACACAGGGCCACUGUGAUAUCUGGUUCCCACUGUUGAGAGAAAACAAUUGUAUUUUUCUCUACUGGGCUCAGGAUUCAAUCCCACGGCCUCAUUUGUGAACCAAACAUGCUUACCAGUACACCAGCAGGUCACUUUGGAUAAAUAGGUGGUGUAAGUUAUGAUUUAUGUUGCAAAGUGAUUUUCAAGUAACUUUUAUUUAGCUUUUGGCUUGUGAAUUUCAUUUACAUCUUUAAGGAAGUGACAUCCAAAUAGAGCUUAAUUUGUGUACUUGGUGUGCCUCACUCCUGCCAAGAAUUGAGAAUUCCAUCCAGUCUGUACUGUCUGCGUCCAUGUUGGUCCGUCGCCUGAUAAGUCUUGUAGGUAGAAAAGUCAGUUGUGAUGCAAAUUAGUUGUGCACAGAUUGAUUGUAGGUAAUUAUUUUAGGAAAAUCCAAGAAUACAAAGAUAAGCUUAUUUUAAUUCAUAUGCAUAUGUGUAAUUAUGAAGGAAACUUGAAUUAAAUCACCAAAGAGGAAAACAGCAAAUUUAUAGUAUUAAGUAUGAUAAUACUGUCCUGGAAUUAUCCACAAAAUAUUAGACAAGUGCUACAGUAUUUUCAAUUACUGCUUUUACAGUCAAAACAUUUGUUAUUUUUAUUUAUUUAUUUUUUUUACAAAAUAUAUUAAUAUGGUAAAUUUACUUGGCAUGUUUGAAAAGUUGGAGCUGUGUGUACAUUAGCAGUAUUUACAAACAAGUGUUUAUUUAGUAAAUAAAAAUGAAUAUUAUAAA